AUGUCUAAUCUGGUUUUUGGAUUUUUUUGUCUUAAGGGGCCCGUCAAAAUCUUAAGACUCCCCCCCCCUAAAAACACGUUUAAGAAUUGUAAAUAUUACAUUUUUUUUUAUUUUGUUACAAUAAACUACUGCGUGAUUUUAUUUUUCUAA